CAACUCGCAAAUCGCCAUUCAUCUUGGACCUCCGGACUAACAUGCUACGAGAGUGCGGCUUUCAUUGCGAGCAAGACUAUGACAACAAGUCCGGAGACAUCUUGGUCUUCUGCCUUCUCGAGCGGUCUAUGCGCAACGUUUGUACAGCGCCCUUCGGCUACAGGUUGCCUCCUGAACUUUGGAAAGCACCGAGAAAACCUGCCGACAUUAAGAGCCGACCAUCGCUACCGCUCACUGACUACCCCGUACCCCAUGUUUGAGUGACAAUUUAAGCAUGGGCGAGACAAAGAGCCUCAUUCACAUCAACGGAGUGGCUGAACUCUUGGUGCGCCAUUUGAAGGCCGGUGGCAUGAACUAGUGAAAAGGCACCUUCCGGACCAAGAAGCGCUUGCAAAUCUCUACUUCAGGAAACCGCAGUUUGCAUUCUGCAACUUGCUCUCAAGUCACAAGAUUUGCUGAGGUGUCUGAAUCACACCGCCUGCUGCGUCGCCACGACACCGCAGAGAUCUCAAAAAUGAAGCCGAGACCACCCGAGGGUCGGAACUCGAAGUCCAACUGCUCGCUUCCUUACGGGUGAUUGAUGAGCCUGAACCUACCGUUCCACACUUCGAUACUCGUACACAUG